AUGCGCUUGUCGACGGUGAUGGUCCUGUGUUGGACCUUACUCAUGGGCGCUUCUGCAAUGCAGGUUGUGAUUCCGGGUCCUUGUAACGAGACAUGCAACGGAUCCGAGCGAACCUUCACUCACGACGUAGUCUGCGGUGAUGCAGACUUCAACAACACCGGCCAGGGCAGAAAAUACCGCGACUGUGUGAUGUGCGAACACCAAAGCUCGUCAUACCUGAAUCCAUACGCCACCGACCUGUAUUGGUUUUUGUCUUGCAGCAAAAGCUGCGAUCCGUUGCACGCUCCUUUGACCGCGCGCUGGAUCCGAGGGAAACAUGACUUCGCCAAGCAGUACGAUUAUUGCAAUUGGAACGCGAGUGCCCUCAUCGGGUAUGGCAGCGGAUGCGCCGAUUGUCUAGAGAAGCAGGAUACCACCAAAGUAAUGGCCAACUGUAUGCCCCAUCGUACCCUCCUCAAUAUUUUCCUCUUGAGCUGA